AUGGAGAAUGCUCCACGAGGUCACGAUCAACCACUGGUCCCAGACGUCGAGGAAGCAUUUUUCGCACUACCCGAUAGCAUCGUCGCUCCUGGUGAGUUCGGAACUUUCAUGGAUGAAAGCAGUGUAGUGCUGAACAAACGCGACGCCCAGUGGGAUGAAUCUGCAGGCUCUUCAGAGCAGUUUAUUAUGCCUUCAGCAGCGUUACAGAAGUGUUUUCCCGACCACAUGUUAGAGUUAGGUCCGUGCGUUGGCACUGAUCCUCCUGCGAGGACUUCAGCUGCUGGUGCUAACAGUCCACUAGAUGCUGCAACUAGAACUACUCCGGACAAUACUGGUGCAGCCACUGGUCCUAAAAAUAGUUGUAGAUCUAGAAAUAACAACAUUCUUCUAGGAGGCUCCACUGCUCAGAGCACAGAUGAGCAAGAGGAUGAACAGGAGCAGCUGUAUUGCAUCACUAAUGAAGAUGUCAAUUCGACGAGUCCAAAUGCUCCGAAUGAGAAACAACAACAACACCUGGGGACUGCAAGAGUAACAACUAUUGACGACCGUAUUUAUGUUGAUGAUGUGAGACUAGACCCUGCUCCGGACGAUCAUGAUUUGGAUGGUGAUGACAUGGCGUUGACCGUCGCUGAGGAACGUCGUGGGGAAGACCCACAGCAGGAGCGCCGACCCCGCUUACCCUCUACAAAUACUACGUCCUCUAAUGCAUCGCGAAGAUUUAGUAUUUUUCGACAUUUACCACCAGGAGAUGCGCAUCUAGAAGAAGAUGCUGGACUAUCCUGCUCGAGUAGUUGUAUUGAAGCCGAGGAAACUGACGAGGAGAUGAUUGAAUCCGAGGAUGCUUCCUCCGAUGCCUCUCACAAAUUUAGUAUCUUCCGAC